AUGAUUGCGACAAUCAGGACAGCGCACUGCUUGACCAAAACGGUCUCUCACCUGAACGAUGCUGUAAAGCAUUUUCAGUUGGUUCUGGACCAAUGUCCGGCCGGCCAUCCUGAUCAGGCAGCGGCUCUCACCAACCUCGCGUGGGCCCGCCUUGAGGGCUACAUUCGACACGUUUUUCGAGAUAUCGACUCUAUCGCUUCUCUCUUCCGCAUAGCCCUUGAAUUGCGUCCGCAGGGCCACCCUGAUAAUCCAUUAUCCAUCUAUCACCUUCUUAAAGCGUUGAUCUGGAGCUACGACAAGAAGAACUUCACCCCCAUCAUCCAGGAAUGCGCACAACUGUCCUGCAAGCUAUUGCCCCUCUGUCCAGAGGGCACCUACCUUCAUAGCAUUGCGGCAGGGGCAAAUGGCGUCGAUUACGUGAUCUGCGAAUGCAACAAUCUCCCAAAAGAUGCAUCUGAUGAAGGCAUCCACCUUCGACGAGUCAUACUCGAGCUUUGUCCUCUGGGCAACGCAUACCGUCCAAAAGCACUGAACAAGCUUGCGCAGGUAGUUGAAGCACGCUUUCAGCAGCGCGGCACCAUUGAUGAUCUAGCAGAGAGCAUACAACAUAAGCGUGAAGCCCUUUCUCUGUGCCCUGAGGGACAUUCUGAACGCGAGACCUACCUAAAUAACUUGGCGUACUCACUGUGGUUCCGCUUUGAUCACCAAGGCAACUCAGAUGACGUCAAUGAGGCCAUCUCUUUGUUCGAAGAAGCGCUGCGCCUGCGCCCUGUUGGGCACGAAUAUCGAUCUGCCCUCCGCACUCGUUUCAAUCAAUGCAGUGAUGUUAACGAUAUCAUCAGAUCCAUCAGCCUCCAGCGCGAGGCACUGACGUUGCGCCCGCCCGGAAAUCCAUAUCGUGAUUCCACGCUUAACAACCUUGCCCUCGCGCUCAAAAUCAGACACGUCAAACUGGAUGCCAGUGGGGAUCUCGACGAGGCCAUCAACCUCCACCGGGAUUCACUUCAGUUAAUGCCGCAUGGCCACCCACGUCGCCAUCAAGCUCUUUACAAUUUGAGCUCGGCGCUCCAUUCUCGUUUCACGCAAACUCGGAAGAAUGAAGACAUCGAGGAGGCCAUUCGACUCUGCCAAGAGUCGUUGGAGGCUUUGCCUUCACUGCACCCAGAUAGAUAUUUCAGCUACAUGUGGUUGCAGGAAGCCCAUUUGUCUCGUUUCAGGGUGCAACGCAACUCUACUGAUUUGUCACUUGCUGUAGAGAACUUCAGACUGGCAUCACAGCAUCCCACUCAAGGUUUCCCAGAACGCAUCAAAGAGGCAAUCAAUUGGACUUUUGCAGCGGAGAGCCACAGUCACUCCUCCGCACUAGAAGCCUACAAAACAUUUUUCGAACUUCUUGACAGACACUUGGCAACACGGUAUUCGAUUGUUGCACGGCGCGAAGCUGCUUCUGCUUUUCGUCCUGCCAGAACAUUUCCUGUGGAUGCGGCAUCAUGUGCCAUGCGCCUUGAUAAUCUACGAGACGCAAUUGAACUUGUUGAGCAGGGUCGCGGCCAGCAAUGGUCGUUGGCCUCUCGCCUGAGAAGUCCACUUGAAGACCUCGAGUCGACAAAUGUCAACCUUGCUCACAAGUUCUCGGAGCUUAGCAAGCGUCUUUCUGAUGCUCAAAGUUCCGCAGUCAACACAGACCGUGUUGCUGCUGAUCGAGCAGCGAUACAUUACAGGAGACUUCAGAAGCGGUGGGGAGCGGUGGUAGCUGAGAUUCGUAAUCUUGAAGGUUUCUCGCGGUUCCUGCUUCCACCCUCGUAUGAUGACUUGCAAGCGUCAGCACGUCAUGGCCCAGUCAUCAUCCUCAUUGCGAGUCAAUACUCGUGCAGCGCCAUCAUUGUCCCGACGUCAGGAGAACCCCACCACGUUCGCUUCUUGUACAUGACUCUCACACAUCUAGAGAAGCUCAAGAAUGACUUUGCAAGAGAGAUACGACUUGCAUCUUCUAUGCGCCCAGAGGAGACGAGGAAGGAAUUGCAAGUCCUCUUGCGGGUAGUAUGGGACGAGAUCAUGCUGCCCAUCGUCAUCGUCCUCCAACGUGAUCUCAGAGUAAAGAGUGGCUCCCGAAUCUGGCUGUGUCCGACUGCAACAUUCACUUCCAUUCCUCUCCAUGCAGCUCACCCCUUUCGAACGAAGGCAGAUGGACGGCGUGAACUAUGCCUGGAGGACGUCUACAUCUGUUCUUACACGCCGACACUUUCAGCUCUGAUCAGAUCUAGGCAGAUGAUGAAGAAACGUGCGACUCCGUCUUUCGUUGCAAUAGGACAAAGUUUACCGGGUGCGGGGCAAGGCGAGGCGCUCUUGGCUGUUGACAGCGAGCUUGAGCUCGUCCGCAAGCUCGUCCCCACGACGGUCGACCCCACCACACUCUCCGGUAACGACGCCACGCGAGCAGGUGCAUUAGAUGCUUUGCAACGCAACACCUGGGUGCACCUAGCUUGUCAUGGGAAGCAGGACCGCGAGCAGCCUUACCAUUCACGUUUCGCCAUGAGAGACAAACCUCUGACGCUGCUCGACAUCAUGGAGAAAGACAUCCCUCACGCUGAGUUUGCAUUCUUGUCAGCGUGUCAUACCGCUGUUGGCGAUGAGAAGACACCCGACGAAGCCAUCCACCUCGCAGCUGCACUCCAGUUUUCAGGGUUUAAGAGCGUCAUUGGCACGCUAUGGGUGGUCGACGACGCUGUCGCGAAGCAUGUUGUCGAAGCUUUCUACAAGAACAUGGUUAAGGAUUUGCGAGAUGGUGAUGUCAUGGACUGUAAGAAGGCGGCCUGGGCACUCAACCGUGCUACAAAUACCGUGAAGACGAAAGUUCCGCUCGAGCAGAGGAUGGUUUUCGUUCAUAUUGGUGUGUAG